UAUAGCUUACGCAGAUGCGCUUGAAUUCUUUACGGCGCCGUCACUGUUACGUCGUCUCACGAGCGAUGUGCCGCGUUGCCACGCCGUGCACGUGUCAUUGGUUGUAACGUUGAAGAAGUCACACUAAUUCUCACUAAAAUCGGACAAAAUGGGAGAUGACCUAGGCGACGAAUGGUGGUUGGAUGAUGCUAAGAAAUCGUCAGACACAAGCAGUGAUGAAGACGAAAAUAGAGUGAAAGGAACUGCAAAAGGUAGGAUUACGCAGUCUGAUAAAACUGAGUUUUCCAAAGUAUCACCAACAAAAAGGAAAGCAGAGGAAGAUGUAUUAAGCCAGAAGAAAACGAAAAGGAAACGUCGAACUAAGCAAAAAAUUAGUGAGCAUCUCUCUAAAAGUGCACCCAUGCCGGCGACAGUGGGGGAUGUGAUGGCGAAAAUGGAGCAACACUUUAAGGAGAAACUGUCUCCUAUUGAGCUUGAUGAUCUUCAACUGAAUGAAUCCCACUUUCUGUCACCCAACCUUUCCUCUCAGCCUCUGUCUACCUACCUGGAGUCUGCCAUUCUGAACUGGCGGAGAGAUAUUGAGGCAAAGCGACCCAAAGCCGCCAAGACCUGCCUCCUGCUUCUGCUUACUGCGUCAGCCAGGAGGGCGGUGGAUCUCAACCGAGAGGCGGCCGCAUUCAAGGGCAAGCAGUGCGUCAGCGCCAAACUGUUCUCCAAGCACAUGAAGAUCCAAGAUCAGGCAGAUUUCUUGGCCAAGAACCGAGUUCAGUUUGCAGUGGGGACGCCCAACCGAAUCGCCGCCCUGCUCCAGCAAGAUGUGCUGAACCUCGCAGGCACCCGAUACCUCGUCCUCGACUGGAACUGGCGUGACGUGAAGUUCAAACGCAUGUGCGAUAUCCCCGAACUCAAGACGGACUUGUUUGGGCUGUUUGAGAAGUACGUCAUCCCUCAAGCCAAGACUGGAGACAGACUGAAAAUUGGAAUAUUUUAACAGGAACACUUUUGAAGCUUGAUGGAAAUACUACUGGAGGAAGGAUAGUGAUUAAUCUGGAACAAGUUUCUCAUUUGGCCCUGAUUUAAUUAUCAAGUUGGCCACGCAUACACUCACUGUGGGCUGUACAUGUGUGCUUACAUAUAUUCUCAUAUUUUUGAUCAAUAAAAUUGUAUAUUCAUGAUGAAAUGCUGUUACUGUUUUGUAUAUUGUGCCUGGGUAAAAGUGGGCUUUGAUUUGGAGUUGCCCAGAAAAUGGGUUUUUUUCUCCAUUUCCCAACUAAAUUAUAAAUUCUUGUUGAAUUGUCGUAUUUAUGGAAAUUAUUCUCAAGGAUUGAAGUUUGGCUGGGGUAGGGAGGGAGUUGAGGGAACUUCCAACAUGGUUGUGAGAGCAAAGAAUUUCUGAUUUAAAUUGUUUUUUGUGUGUUUCAUUUUCUGACGGUUAACAAUUUGGGUGAUUCACAAUAGUGCGCCUCCGAGAGUUUGCAACACGUUGGCCAAUCAAAACGCACAAAAUCUGUCAACCCUUUAGAAACGCGUAUUGUGUCGACAUAUUUCGCGAAUUGUGAUUGGGCAAUGCACUGUUCUGAAAUGUCCAUAUUACUGUACAAUUAAUUUGCUAAAUAAAAACAAGAUUCAUGGAAUCGUUUCUCCAAGAAUACAUAAACCUUAGAAAAAUUUAAUUCCAGAAAGCUUAGAGUUCUGGCUUAAGGUUUUUCUUUUGCUGUUCGGAGUGGCAAGAGGUAGAUUAGAUGGCAUAA